UUCCUGACGAUGGGAAGAGGGGGUGGCGGUGAGCCUAUGUGCAUUGUGUGGCUGCGCUGACGCUGUUGCACGUAAAAUUAGCUGGCUGCAGCCUUUCAGGGACACCUCUUGUGGACCACCGGAGCCCACAGUGCAAUAAAUAUGGCAGCAGAGCUAUCCACUUCCAUAAACAUCAAGGAGCCCCGGUGGGAACAGAGCACAUUUGUGGGCCGGGCUAAACAUUUCUUCACUGUCACAGACCCCAGGAACAUCCUCCUCACCGACGAACAACUAGCUCACGCACACAAAAUCAUCACUGACUACAGGCAAGGUAUAGUCUCCCCAGGACUGACAGAAGAUGAACUGUGGAAAGCCAAGUAUAUUUUUGACUCAGCUUUCCAUCCUGACACCGGGGAGAAGAUGAUCCUGAUUGGCCGCAUGUCAGCACAAGUUCCAAUGAACAUGACGAUCACCGGAUGCAUGAUGACGUUUUACAAAACAACUCCAGCCGUGUUGUUCUGGCAGUGGAUCAAUCAGUCUUUCAACGCAAUAGUCAACUAUACCAACAGGAGUGGCGAUGCUCCAAUCACAGUCAGUCAGCUCGGCACAGCUUAUGUGUCUGCCACCACAGGGGCGGUCGCCACCGCUCUAGGACUUAAUGCACUAACAAAGCACAUCUCACCCCUGAUUGGACGAUUUGUCCCUUUUGCUGCUGUAGCCGCUGCUAACUGUAUCAACAUCCCUCUGAUGAGACAAAGAGAACUUAAACACGGCAUUCCCAUAACAGAUGACAAUGACAACAGGCUAGGAGAGUCGACCAAAGCUGCACAGCAGGCUAUCUCUCAGGUUGUGGUCUCCAGAAUCCUCAUGGCCUCUCCAGGAAUGGCCAUCCCUCCGUUUUUAAUGAACCAUUUGGAGAAGAAGGCCUUUCUGAAGAAGUUCCCAUGGAUGAGUGCACCUAUUCAAGUCAGCCUGGUGGGAUUCUGCUUGGUGUUUGCCACACCACUGUGCUGCGCAUUGUUCCCUCAGAAGAGCUCUAUGUCAGUGAGCCGCUUGGAGCCGGAGCUGCAGGAGAAAAUCCGGGCCAACCACCCAGGAGUGGAGAGGGUCUACUUCAACAAAGGGCUAUGAGUGUGUAACCCCCUCAUCACAUCCAAACACUGCCAUAACACAGCUGCAGGCUCAGUCCUCGCCUCUCUGCCAGCCCUCCUCAUUCAGUGUGCCAAAGUUAAGUUCGCAUCUCCACAUUUCCGCCACUCAAGAUGGAUUGUGCGAGGACACCCCUUCUCAGUCAGUCUCUUCGUAACGAGAUGUUUGCUUUUGUCAGUGUGAUUAGUUGAUUUUUAUUGUAACUGCUCUCGAGAAGAUUUUCUUCAAAUGAAGAAGAUAGUAUGAUGUUUAUCAUGAUACUAUAUAGUGGCUCGUGUAAGGUCGUUUUAAGUGGACAUUUUUUUCUGUGCAGUACUGUUUUUUAAGUUGGUGACUUGUUGAUCAUGUGUCGCCACCAUACGGUCUUCAUUCACUCUUACCUGUGAGGUUGGCAGUCAUCUUAUUUCUCACCUGCAUUAUAACUGAUUAUAGUCACAUUUUGACAUUGAUUAGUCAAAGACAUCUGUAUUUGCCAAAAUUAUUCUCAGAUCUUGUUAGACCUCAUCAACGACUACAACCUCCUACUCUUGACAGUAUUAUUUCAAAGAAUGGCAUUCACUUUAUAUUAAUUCAGUUCAUUUUGCCAAAUGAGUGAUGUUCAGUGAGGCCUCUUGACAUCUAAUCAUUAAUUUGACAAUAGUUCUCCAGGGAUACUCCCUAUAAAAUGUGAUGCUAUGAUGGUGGCAACCAUUUGAUGGGCCAACACGGUGCUAUUUGAUGUCUUAAAUGUCACUAUUUAUCAUACUAUUUAUUCUGCUUACCAAACAUGAACAUGAACAAAGCCACUCCUCAUACGAGCAUCAUGGGAUUUAAUGCGUAACCCAUUUACAGAAAACAACCUUUACUGUAUAUUUAAUCACACCGAGGCUACACUCAGGAGAACAGAACCAUGGUGACAGUGUUAUUAAUGAUAAUAUCAGCAAAACACACUCAUUUACCUAGUUCCUAAUCUCUAGUGGUUAAUCCAGGAUUUUGUGAUUGCAGUAUUUGAUACAACCAAAAUACAACAAGUCAUUCAUGGCUUCCACAGAAUUGUGUGGAAUCUGUCUUCGUUAUCGUAAUGCAGCAUCCUAAAGAGGUUCGAUCAUUACCGCACAAAGUGACACAUUUUAUUUUGAUGUGCCAAUUUUAUCACAUUGGGGGUUUUUUUGUGCAUUAUUAGAGUGCAUUUACAUAUACAUUUAGAGUCUAUUUUAGACAUGUCUGUGUUGGGGAAAAAAAAUACAUAAACACUCUCAAGAUAGUGUUUUUCAAGGCAAGGAUGAUUUUCAGAAGGAUCCAUCCGGUCAGUAUGUGUUUUAAAUAAGACCUUUGCAACAUUUAAACCUGCGCCGUGGACUCACUAACAAAAAGCUAACAUACAGAAUUAAUUUGACCUCAACCUGGUCUGUUUGAGGACAGUUCCCUGAUAAAAUCUUGUGUCAUUAACAAUUCCCUGCUUAGUAUUUUGCUAUGUAUUGCCAUUAAAGUGAUGGCCAUACACCUUAGUUGUUAACACACAUCAUUACAUCAGCACACGCUAUCACAGAGCUCUUUUCUGAGCCGAUAAAGUAGGUGCAGUCUGAUGUUGUAACAUUUUUUGUGUUCCUGUCCUGUGGUAAUCACUAUUCACAUGAUGAUGCCUUUCUGGUAUAUUUGGUCACACAGUCAGUGUAAACUGUGUAAUGUGGGCCCGACACCAGAUGGCGUUCAUUCAGGAGGCUGCCAUGUUGUUCUGCUGGCAUAUAGAGUUGUUGGCAUUUGUGUGCCACAUUCACAGCGGCUGUAUUUUAACGUGUGAAUCAGUGAAUUAAUCGGAGAGAUUGUACAGCUACUUGCCAGAUUUAAAAAGGAUAAAAAUGAUUUCAGGAUCCAGUGUGGGUUUGAAUUAUUUGGUCCACUUAAAUGGAAAUGCUUCCAUUACAAAUUUAAAUACUUCAUAAACAUUUAGGACCAUUGAUUUGAUUUCAGUGCAAUUUUUUGCUCACCAUCGUGUGUAAUUUCUGUAAGGUGUUUAAUGUUUAAUAUACUGUAAAUUUAACGACCUAUUGCUGUAUAAGUAACUUUAUUUUAAAUCGUCUGUGUUUUCAGAGAGAUUUGUUUGAGUUGGAAUUGUUCCCUGGCUGGUUUGAAGUUUUCAAGUGUUCAAGGUAACUGAAUGUAUCAUUUGCCACCUACAGCUGUUUGCGGUGUGUUAGUUCUGAAAAGCACAAUGUAACAGAUUUUAAAAGCUGCACAUUUUUAAAACUUGUUUAACCCGCUCAGUUUCCUGAUCACAAUGCUUUUCAGUAAGAAAAGAUGAGAAGUACUAAACUUGUCCAUUGGUAAACAUUAUUCCUGAUUACUUCCUUAACCUCUGACUGUAUGUAAUGAUAGCUAACAAAAAUAUUAACUCCCUAAUAAAUAAAAUGAAAAUCUUCCCAAGCUUCAAUCUAUGAAAUCCAAUGAAAUGUCACUACAGCCAAAGCAAUCAGUCACUAACAAUGAAUAUUUUUUAAAAAGAAUAUUAUGACAGAAAUCUUUAUUGAUUGUUUUGCAGUACACUGGGGUGAUGUGAUGUUUAGACUAACUGGAAAAAAUAAAGCUGAUGAAAUCUUG